UGCAAAAGAACGAACACUUGAGAAGAGAACCUCGAGCUCAAAGUUGGAAGAAUCAAAGCCCAUCAACAAGCAGCAGCCCACGCUUUCUAAACUAAACCCAACAAGCUUUGAUUACAGAGCCAUUCCUCCAUGCGCCCCAUCGAGCCAUAGCAAUAAUGAGCAUGUGGAAAUUCAAGGCGCAAGACUCCACUCCUGUAUCACAGCACCAUCUCGCGGCACAGCAACACCGGCGGCCUCGGCUCCCGCCCUCACAGGCCCGUCCCAGCGCCAUCGGUCUCGACCAAACGGUUUCGGGAUCGGCGCAGGUGAGGUCCUGGGAUGCUGCGUGCAGCUUGCGGCCGAUCAAACGCUGGCGAGAUGAGAUGGCGGCCCGUCUCAUUCGUCGGGGAAAUUGUUUCGCCGAGGCUGUUUCACGCGAGAGUCUCACCGCAGCGGUGGAAGCCUGCCAACAACACCACCGCGGCCGUUUCAAUGCCUAUUUAGAGGCCGCCAUGCGGCAACGCAUGGGAGCACGUUUUGUGUUUACGAUUUUGUGUUGCUUCGCUUGCGACGGGCGGUUUCUUGGGGCUUUUGCUUGGUGGAAGGACUGGAGAAGAGGGGGAGUGGAGGCCGCUGCUGUGCUUCGCCGAUAUCAUUCAAAGUGGGUGUAGUUCAGUGGCAGAACACCUGAUGUUUUGUACUGUCAGGAGACCGGAGUUCGAUUCUUCGCGCCCGCCAUCAUCAUGAUGUUCGAUGGAGAGAAGCAAGACACGCUCAGCCCCGAUACUCCUACGCAUGCGCCGGCACCGCAACCUCUGCCUCUACGAUCCCGUCCUUGUCGGGGAAACCCCACAUGCCGGUGAUUACGAACCCCGCAUCCUCAAGCAACGUCGU